GCAGCUGACGUCAAGCCAGCAAUAUCAAUCAUCGAACCACCACCACCAACAUCGUCGUCGUCGUCAGUCAAAAGUGGUGGAUCAUCAUCACCUGUAGAAAUGAAGACGUUAGCGAUUCGAAAGAAAGGCUUUGGUGACCUUUCAUCAUCAUCGCAUCGUGAUUAUCGUCCCAAAUCCACAGAAUCCAUGGAAUCAGAAGAAUUGGGUGCUCAAGAGCAAAUCGUGGCCGUUGAAGUGACCGAGAGUGGUGUGGCAUUGAAACGAGAAGAAGAAGAAGAAACUUGUGAUGAACCAAAUAGUACAAGUGGUAAUAGUGGAACAACUCAGGAAAAGAGCGCUCCAGAGGAGUUGUCAAAAAGUUUGGAGCAAUCAGGCGACGAGCAUAAGGUUUGUAAAAAGUUUAAUGGCAGUUGUUUUGUAAGCGAAUUGUUGGAAGUCUUUAUUUCACUUGAGUUAUAA